GAAAAUAACCUCAUUUAUUGUUGACAUUGUUGCACUGUAGUCAGUGCGAUUUAAAUUUUAUUUAAAGAAUUUAUUAAUACAACCAUGUCCGAAACACAAGUUGGAUUCCUGUGCAAAGCAGCGGCGUCUUUACAACGAGCUGAAAAUAAUGACACCCUAACAUUUUUAAGAAGUUAUUACUUAAUGCGGUGUAAAGAAGUAACAAAAGGAUAUGGCCUUCCAGAAAAGCAGUUUUCUUCUAAAGUGAGAUGUUCACGUUGUUGCCUUGAAUGGCAAAAAGGAACUGAAAUAAAAAUUAAAUCUGUAAAGCUCAGUAAGAAACAAAGACAAAGAAUAAAAUCUCAGAAAGUAAGAAAAGAUAAUAGAGUAAAUAGUAGAAAAGAGUUGCUACAUAGUAAUGAAAUAAUACAACUCUGUACCUUUUGUAAACAAAGUACAGUUACAUUUGUUCCAAAACCAGAAAAGGUUACAAAAAUAAUUACAAAACCAGCCAACAAUGAAAGCUUAAAUAUAAAUAAAUUACUAUCUAAUGCAGAUACUAAAAUAACAGUUAAUUUAAAGAAAACAAAAACAACCAAAACAAAUGAAACUAAAACCUCUAAAGUACCAGAUCCUAAAAAGAAUGAAGUUAAUGUCUAUAGUAUUACAAAAGAUGUAUUUUCAUUAUGUAACAAUAAAAAUAAUCUACCUAGUGCACAAAAGGAAGAAAAGAAGAUUAUCAAAAAUAAUAAAAAGAAGAAAGAUAAGUUUGCUGGCUUAUGUCAAAAGGCGGUCAUAGCAUCAGCCAAACUGAAGGAAGCAAAAGAUAAACAGAAUAAGUUGAAUUUAUUUCUAAAACCAUCUUCUUAGAUUUAUAAAUACAGCUAUAUAUAAAUACAGCUAUAUAUGAAAA